AUGGUCCUGACUGCCCCUACCGACUCCUGCCCUCCCUCCUCCCCCGUCUGGGCGCGUCGGUACAACGUGACGAGAGCGUCGCGACGCCGCUUCCUGCUCGUCGCUUCCUUCAUUAUAUGUCUGGGUAGCGUCCUUGCCUUCUUCCGCUUCUAUGAGACAUCCGAGACGCUCGUCGACCCCUCGCGUUUACUGCUUCCCGUGAGCGAUCCGGUCCCGCCCUCCGACUUCCCCAACAACAUCAACAACACCAACACCACCAUCAACAACAGUACCCUGCCGCCCUCACACGACCAGUACUUGCCAAUUUCCUUGAGGCCGGAGACAUAUGUACGAGGCAAGCCUACAGCGCACUUCCGAGACAGUUUGCGCGACGACGUGAAGUACAUGACGUCGUUCCUGGGUGCUGGCUUCACAAAUGACCAGAUCACCUUGGGCAACUUGAUCUACCUCUCCAAGAUCUCCGGGCGCGUCCCCGUGCUCCCUCCACUCACCUCCCACAUCGAUGCUCAGAAGGACCCCCUCGACUUUUCGCGCAUCUUCGACCUCCCUCGUCUGACACGCGAGUCGGGCAUUCCAAUCCUGGAGUGGUCGAUGAUCAAGGACCUCGACCGGGCGUGGAGUGAGGGCGUGGUCGACGAGCUCGGGUGCUGGAACAUCUGGCAGAGGCAGGACAUCACCGCGGACGGGCCCCGAAGAACCUACACGUCAGAACUGCUGAAGCUAGACCUCUCCCACACGCUCGCGCCCGGGUGGGUGAAACUGAUACCCAACUUCGAGCACGACAAGCACUCCACAUUCUGGACGCUCGCGAAGCUGCUCUUCCCCGCCGCACGCGCCUCAGCGCUCGCCGACCCCGCCGAGCACCCGACGCUCCCAGCGCACUCGGGCGCGCGCCUCCCUCCCGACGAGCAGAUGGGUUGCAUCGACUACCUCUACUACACGUGCGCGCAGGAGGCACUCGACUUCGCGCAAGACUACUCGCCGAUGUGGCGGGACGUGAUGACGCACGCGCACUGGACGCCCGAGGUCGCGCGGCUCGGCGCGUCCCUCGUCCGCGCCACCCUCGCGCCCCACGCGCCGCGCACCUCGCCGCCCCCGCCGUUCAUCGCGCUGCACGCCCGCCACGGCGACUUCGCGCAGUACUGCGACCCCGCGGGCCCGCGCGGCGCGUGCUUCGCGCCGCUGUCCGCGUUCGCGGCCGAGGUGGAGCGCGUGCGGGACGCGCACGCGGCGCGGACGGGCGUCCGCGUCGAGCACGUCGUGAUGACGAGCGACGAGCGCGACCCGGGGUGGUGGGCGGAGGUGGCCGCGAUGGGCUGGCACCGGGUCGACGUCGGCGCGGCGCGGACUCCGGCGGGCUUUGGGGAGUGGUGGCCGGUGAUCGCGGACGCGGUGGUGCAGAGCAUGGCGGUCGGGUUCGUGGGCACGGAGGACUCGACGUUCUCGCUCGCGGCGAAGCGACGGGUGGAGGAGUGGAACGGGGGCGAGGUCGCGAUGGUCAAGUGGCGUUAG